AUGGCAGAGGCAGUAGCUGGGGCGGUUGUCGCUGAGCAGGUCGUCUCAACCAGCCUCGAGGCAGGAGCUGCUGUUGCCGUCGCGCGUCCGACGCAGCCUUUGAAGGUUUCUCUUUCUCAGAUCGCCACCACUCCCACCGAUGAUGCCUCCCUCUCUCUGGCACGCUCUCGUCACUCAGUCACCGUCAUCAAUCACAAGGCCUGUAUAUUCGGCGGAGAGACGGCCGAUGGCCAAUUGUGCACUACCGAUUUUCACGUCUUGUCUCUUCCAGCCGUGACCAACGGCGAGCCCGUGGCGGCGUACGCCUGCUACCCCGCCUUUGCGAUGCAGGAUGUAGAGACUGGCAAGACUUACAUCCCUGCCCCACGGACGAAACACGCGGCGUGUGCUCGCGGUCAAUUUGCAAUCAUUCACGGCGGUGCUGAUGCCAACGGAAAGCCCAUUGAGGAGACGUGCUUGUGGCUGUGGGACUCGGAGAGCUUGAAGUGGACCAAAAUCCAGGGAGCGAGCCAGAUCGGCAAGACGCUCACACCCAGAUUUGAUCAUCACAUUUUCUUCGAUCACGCCCAAGAUAUUCUGGUCCUCCACGGUGGGCGUACUGCCGCGAAUCAGAAGGCCAGCACGGAGACCUGGCUGUACAACUUCGACACACUGGCUUGGACGGAAUUGCCAGCUGCCCCAGAAGCACCUACUGCAGCUGCCUUUGUAGACAACGUCCUGUACACCAUCGGCACAGAUUCCGAUAUGAGUGGCGCUAUCCACUACAUGGACCUCAAGUCCAACGCUACGGACCGCGAGAAGCCGGACGCAUUGGUCUGGAAGACGGUCAACUUCCCCACCAACCCUCUGGUCCCUGGACCUCGCCCCCGUGAAGGUGGCGCACUGGUGCCUAUCGACACCGGAGUUGGCCGCCACUAUCUCAUUUACAUGUUUGGCAAGGAAGAAAAAGCGGGCGAGAAGGACUACCACAGCGAUAUUUGGGCAGUACAACUUCCAACCCACGGCUUUACUGCGGCAGCUGUGAAGGACGCGAUCCGCGACAAGCUGCCUCGCGUAGAGUCGGGCGAGUUCAGCUGGGCCGAGGUGGAGCUCGUGCCAACGGAGGAAGUUAAGACAGAGGGAAAGGCCCAUCCGGGUCCGCGUGGUUUCUUCGGCGCUGGCUCCGCAAGCGGGAAGAGUCUCAUCUUUUGGGGCGGUGACAGCGCGAAGGGUAAGGAAGGUGAUGGCUGGCUUCUUCAGGUACGAAGCCUUAACCGCAACUUCAACAUGGGUUGUUCCGUCAGCGUCCAGACCGAGACGGUCACUAAGGAAAAUGCAACUACAACACCACCGUACAAUGUUUAUUUCAUCUUCUACGACAGUAUCGGCGAAUCUUACGAGUCUAUGGAGAACUUGCGAUGGGAGGCGCGCUUGGUCGUGCAAGCCUCCCGAGUUUCAAGCCACAUGAAGAAGGGGUUCCACCUCUCUCCAGCAAACGAGCUGCCACAAUCAGGCUGCAUCAUCCGGAACUGCCAACCCCAUCAAGCUUUUGGGGAUCACUCUUGGAAACAUCUCCGUCGCUACAUUCUAGCAGAUUGGGAAGCUGGAUGGACAGCUCACGUGUUUGUUGGAUCAAAUGAGAUGGAGGCUCUGGCCGAGUUUAGCCUGAAGGGCCUUACGACCGAUCGCAUAGCCCACGGCUACGCUUGGAACCCGGAGUGGCUUACGGUCUACUACUAUGACGCUUUCAAACCUGAAGAGAAUUUCAGUACGCUGCUUGAGGACAUGCCUCUAGAAGGGUUGUGGCCUUGGCCCAAAAGCGCAGAAUGCAGAGAGAGUGGGCAGGAUGACAACGAAGAUAUGGCGAGCAGCAAAGAAACCAUCGACGACCACUCUGAAGGAGAGGCCUCUGGACGUUUAACUCCAGAUUCGACGGAGUAUGAUACCUGUCUUCCUGAUUACUCCCAAUUGGAUCGAGAGCAAAUACAAUUCUAG